CCCUCCAGCCCCAUUUCAUUUUCGUUUGUAAACUCGGAAUCCGUGGAUAGGCGGUUGCGCGCGUCACCUUCGACUUUUCGAAAUCAAUAGCGUGGCGACGCGUGCGCUGCUUUUACCCGGUCAGGUCGCAUCCUCCGUGGGCCGUCUGCAAGGACCGACGAUUCAAGAAUGGCUGAUACAGAGUUCGAAGAAUUUCGCCACUACUUCGAUAGACUACCGCAACAUCUCAAGGCACCGAUAUCCAAUUACACACUCGUUCACGAUGUCAUGGUCGACGAUUCACCGUCGUCCUCGCAGGACAGCGACGGGGACGUUGGUCGGAUUGGGACCGGUGGGGAUUCGGAAGACGACGAGGUAGUGGCACUGAUUCACCGUAACGGUCCCCACAGCGAGCAGAGUUCGUGCGACGAUGACGAGGAUUUGGAUCAUCACUGUUCCAUCCUAGUGGACAGCGACUUCAGCUUGUUCGAUGGACUGGACAGUAGGAAACGGUCGAUCUGCGGGAGUUUCGGAUCCGGGGGUGGCGGAGGUCUUGGCGGAUCGGGAGAAGGAGGAGGAGGAGGAGGAGAAGGAGGAGGUAGCUGCGGGAGAGAGAGCGUCAUCAGCGACGUCGGGGACUCCUGCUCGAGUCUGAGCCCGUGGCCGACACCGGAACAUGUUUCGGGAAAUCGAAACACCGCGAGCGGAAGCACCGCGAGCGGGGAACGCAGAAGGAGAAGGCUACCGGAAAUUCCCAAGUCCAAGAAAUCGAUAACGAUGUGCCAUUCGUCGUUUCACUCGUCUCCUUCGCUCGCCGACGAGCUGGGGGCAGCUACUUCUGCGGCGGGAAGGCCAUAUCUUGUCCUGAGGAAGUGUCAUCCGAGACUUCGUCACGAGGAUAGCUCACCGGACAGCGAGCGGAUGACCACCGACAGUGGUCACUCCACGGCGCAUUCACCGGACAAUGGACCAAAAAGCGUGUCCCCGAUCCCUUGCAGUGCCAUGCAGAACACCAACUCCGUGUCGCCGAGCAGUACGCCAGGUAGCAGCGGCGUUCCCUUCACGCAACUGGAAUUGCUGGAGGCGACGCAUCGUGGGUUGCACAAAUUCGUACCACGGCAUCACGAUGAAAUUGACUUGGAGAUCGGAGAUCCUAUCUAUGUGCAGAAGGAGGCCGACGAUCUCUGGUGCGAAGGUGUGAAUCUGAGAACCGGUCGGCAAGGCAUUUUUCCAUCGGCAUACGCGGUGGACAUGGACUACAGUGAUUUCGACCCGUCAGCGCCAAAGGUGAAACGGGAACGAUACCUCCUGGGGUAUCUCGGCUCGGUGGAAACCCUCGCUCACAAGGGGACGGGGGUCGUGUGCCAAGCGGUGCGCAGAAUAGUCGGUAGUCCCAACCAGCAACCACCGGUUUCGCAGAGCUGCAUCCUGGAAGUUUCUGAUCAGGGUCUGCGGAUGGUCGAUCGAAGCAAACCUCGGAAAAACAGGGGUCCGUGCCACGACUAUUUUUACUCGCUGAAAAAUGUCUCCUUCUGCGCCUUUCAUCCCCGGGAUCAUCGCUACCUUGGCUUCAUCACGAAGCACCCAACGUUCCAGAGGUUCGCCUGUCACGUCUUCAUAGGUCAAGAGUCUACGAGGCCCGUCGCCGAAGCUGUUGGGAGAGCAUUUCACCGGUUCUACACGAAAUUCAUCGAGACUGCUUUCCCCAUAGAGGACAUUUAUAUAGAAUAAAAAUCCGGACUAUACAUAUAACAAGCGCUGAAUAAUUUCGCCCUCUUGUAUAUACUGUAUUCUCUCCCGGCUUAACGAUAAGAGAUUCUAGAGACGUGUUCAGCCGCCGCAGAAGAUUUCAUGCGCCGGUACGCCAAAGCAAUUUGCUGAUAUUAUGUUUGUAUUAAUUCCACGGUGGCUAAGCACCCCGUCUAGAUCGAGGAGCAACGGAUAUGGAAAAUUCAAAUUUCACGGUGGACGAUAAUUAUUUCGAGUUUUUGUUCGAACCGGUGGGUCUUCACGCGAGCUCAGCUUCACGCAUAGUGUAUCAUGUUAAUCGCUAAGAUCGAGCUUAUUGAAUUUUCACGACUGGCCUCUCUCGAUGGAAUAUCUCUCGCGCACGUCGAGGGUCUCGAAUGAUUCCGACCAGCGCUGAUGACGUUAAUGACACAGUAUAGUUGACGCGACGAAGAGAAAACAAUGAAGCCUUAACGAUACCGCCACGGACGUAUCGAGUGGACGAGUGAUAUAUGUUAUACUUCUGACGCAUACCUCAUUACAUAUCGUUUCAUUAAUUUCUUUGAGCGACAGCACAGGCCUGCUGACGAGUUGUUUUCAUUUCAGAACAAACGUGACUUUUCGCAUAUUGAUUUCAGCAGGAGUCGGGAAGAGAUCGAAUUAAUUUUUUUCAACAAGAAAUCGCGACGUCCUCGAGGAAAAAGGACGUGCGGAUGAUUUUUGAAUUUCGGCUACGCUACACAGACUACGUGUAAAGAUGUCUUCUUAAAUUUGCAGGCCUGUGCAAUUCAUCGUCGGAUUCACACAACAUUUUCUAGUAUAACGUGAUUAUGUAUCGUUACCUUGACAUUUUCCCUCAGUUCUUAAGAGUAAAAUAUGGAUUGAAUUAUUAACGAACAUACUUAUGCGGACUUGUGAAACAAAUUUUUCUAAUUUUUUAUAACCAUAUAUAUAUAUUGUAUGAUCAUCAAAAAUAUGCAUCCAACGUACUUCAAUCAUGCAGCGAUCCGUUGGCGCAACAGGUGGGAUAUUUUUGGGGAUCGAUGAGACGUUCUGAGUUUGCCGAAUGGGGUACACCCGAAUCUACUUUUUGUCGAUUUACUCGAAUUAAAAUCAGUGACUAUUGACCAUUGAAUAAUACAAUUAAAGAAAUGUGCCCGAACUUAUCCAUGUAUUGCCGCGACUAAGAUGUAAAUGUAUAUGUCAAGCAGCAAUCUAAUAAUUGUAUACAGUGAGUGGGAUGUAACCAUGACGUGCAUCUGUGGAAUAAAAUUACUUAACAAGUA